UAACUAAAACUUUUAAUUGCCCUGUCUUUUUCCCCACUCUUAAUCCUGUAUUACACACACUCUAACCUUCAACCAUACCACCAUCACUACCAGUCCCCUCCCCCAAGAAAAAAAAAAUAGAGGAAAAAAGAAAAAGGAAAGCUCUGAAGGGAAUAGAAAUGCAGAAAGAGUGAGAAGACUUCAGUGAGUUGGAGAACCUUCUGAUAAUUUAAGGGAGAUUCUCCAAAAUGUGGCAAAAUUACAAGGAGUUUCAAAUAUGAGAAAACUAGGCCAUCUGAAUAACUUUACUAAGCUCCUUUGUGAUAUUGGCCACAGUGAAGAAAAACUGGGUUUUAACUAUGAGGAUAUCAUAAUAUGUUUGCGGUUAGCUUUAUUGAAUGAAGCAAAAGAAGUGCGAGCAGCAGGGCUACGAGCUCUUCGAUAUCUCAUCCAAGACUCCAGUAUUUUGCAGAAAGUGCUGAAAUUGAAAGUGGACUAUUUAAUAGCUAGGUGCAUUGACAUACAGCAGAGCAACGAGGUAGAAAGGACACAAGCACUUCGAUUAGUCAGAAAGAUGAUUACUGUGAAUGCUUCCUUAUUUCCUAGUUCUGUGGCUAACUCCUUAAUAGCAGUUGGAAAUGAUGGACUUCAAGAAAGAGACAGAAUGGUCCGAGCAUGCAUUGCUAUUAUCUGUGAACUAGCACUUCAGAAUCCAGAAGUGGUGGCCCUUCGAGGUGGACUAAACACCAUCUUGAAAAAUGUGAUUGAUUGCCAAUUAAGUCGAAUAAAUGAGGCCCUCAUUACUACAAUUUUGCACCUCCUUAAUCAUCCAAAGACCCGACAAUAUGUACGAGCUGAUGUAGAAUUAGAGCGAAUUUUAGCACCCUAUACUGAUUUUCACUACAGACAUAGUCCAGAUACAGCAGAAGGACAGCUCAAAGAAGACAGAGAGGCAAGGUUUCUAGCUAGUAAAAUGGGAAUCAUAGCAACAUUCCGGUCAUGGGCAGGUAUUAUUAAUUUAUGUAAACCUGGAAAUUCUGGGAUCCAGUCUUUAAUUGGAGUACUUUGCAUACCAAAUAUGGAAAUAAGGCGAGGUCUGCUUGAAGUGCUUUAUGAUAUAUUUCGUCUUCCUAUACCUGUUGUGACUGAGGAGUUCAUAGAAGCAUUGCUUAGUGUAGACCCAGGUCGAUUCCAAGACAGUUGGAGGCUUUCAGAUGGUUUUGUAGCAGCUGAGGCAAAAACUAUUCUUCCUCAUCGUGCCAGAUCCAGGCCAGAUCUCAUGGACAAUUACUUGGCACUGAUCCUUUCUGCAUUUAUUCGUAAUGGACUUCUAGAAGGUUUGGUUGAAGUCAUAACAAAUAGUGAUGAUCAUAUUUCAGUUAGAGCUACUAUCCUUUUAGGAGAGCUUUUGCAUAUGGCCAACACAAUUCUUCCUCACUCACAUAGUCAUCACUUGCACUGCCUGCCAACCCUCAUGAAUAUGGCUGCUUCCUUUGAUAUCCCCAAGGAAAAACGACUGCGAGCCAGUGCAGCCUUAAACUGUUUAAAACGUUUCCAUGAAAUGAAAAAAAGAGGACCUAAGCCUUAUAGUCUUCAUUUAGAUCACAUUAUUCAGAAAGCAAUUGCAACCCACCAGAAACGGGAUCAGUAUCUCCGAGUUCAGAAAGAUAUAUUUGUUCUUAAGGAUACAGAAGAAGCUCUUUUGAUGAACCUCAGAGAUAGCCAGGUCCUUCAACAUAAAGAGAAUCUUGAAUGGAACUGGAAUCUUAUAGGGACCAUUCUUAAGUGGCCAAAUGUAAACCUAAGAAACUAUAAAGAUGAGCAACUACACAGGUUUGUACGAAGAUUACUUUAUUUUUAUAAACCCAGCAGUAAACUAUAUGCCAACCUGGAUCUGGAUUUUGCCAAGUCUAAGCAGCUCACAGUUGUGGGUUGCCAAUUUACAGAAUUUCUUCUCGAGUCUGAAGAGGAUGGGCAAGGAUACUUAGAAGAUCUAGUAAAGGAUAUUGUUCAGUGGCUCAAUGCCUCAUCUGGAAUGAAACCUGAAAGAAGUCUUCAAAAUAAUGGUUUAUUGACUACCCUUAGUCAACACUACUUUUUAUUUAUUGGAACCCUUUCUUGUCACCCUCAUGGAGUCAAAAUGCUGGAAAAAUGCAGUGUGUUUCAAUGUCUCCUUAACCUGUGCUCCUUGAAAAACCAAGAUCAUUUGCUGAAACUAACUGUUUCUAGCUUGGACUAUAGCAGAGAUGGGUUGGCUAGAGUUAUCCUUUCCAAAAUCUUAACAGCAGCCACUGAUGCAUGCAGGCUAUAUGCUACAAAACAUUUAAGAGUUUUAUUGAGAGCUAAUGUUGAAUUCUUCAAUAAUUGGGGAAUUGAAUUACUAGUGACUCAGCUACAUGAUAAAAACAAAACAAUUUCUUCUGAAGCUCUUGAUAUCCUCGAUGAAGCAUGUGAAGACAAGGCUAAUCUUCAUGCUCUUAUUCAGAUGAAGCCAGCUUUAUCCCAUCUUGGUGACAAGGGUUUACUUCUCCUUUUGAGAUUUCUCUCCAUUCCAAAAGGAUUUUCCUAUCUAAAUGAAAGGGGUUAUGUAGCAAAACAAUUGGAAAAAUGGCACAAGGAAUAUAAUGCAAAAUAUGUCGACUUGAUUGAAGAACAACUUAAUGAAGCCCUUACUACUUACCGGAAGCCAAUUGAUGGUGAUAACUAUGUUCGUAGGAGUAACCAAAGAUUACAGCGUCCUCAUGUCUACCUGCCUGUACACCUUUAUGGACAACUUGUUCACCACAAAACAGGCUGUCAUUUGUUGGAAGUUCAGAAUGUUAUUACAGAACUCUGUCACAAUGUUCGUGCACCAGAUUUGGAUAAAUGGGAAGAAAUUAAAAAACUGAAAGCAUCUCUUUGGGCCUUGGGAAAUAUUGGUUCAUCAAAUUGGGGUCUAAAUUUGCUUCAGGAAGAAAAUGUAAUUCCAGAUAUACUAAAACUUGCAAAACAGUGUGAGGUUCUUUCCGUCAGAGGGACCUGUGUAUAUGUGCUUGGACUGAUAUCCAAAACUAAACAAGGCUGUGAUAUUCUCAAGUGUCACAGCUGGGAUGCUGUGAGGCACAGUCGCAAGCACCGAUGGCCAGUGGUUCCAGAUGAUGCAGAACAGCUCUGUAGCGAACUCUCAUCUAUCCCAAGCACUCUAAGUUUGAACUCAGAGUCAACCAGCUCUAGACAUAAUAGUGAAAGUGAAUCUGCACCAUCCAGUAUGUUCAUAAUGGAGGAUGACCGAUUUGGCAGCAGUUCAACAAGUACAUUUUUCCUUGACAUCAAUGAAGAUACAGAACCAGCAUUUUAUGAUCGACCCGGACCUAUAAAGGAUAAAAAUUCAUUCCCUUUCUUUGCUUCUAGUAAACUUGUGAAGAAUCGUAUCUUAAAUUCUCUUACUUUACCUAAUAAAAAACAUCGUAGUAGUAGUGAUCCAAAAGGCGGAAAAGCAUCAUCUGAAAAUAAGACAACCAACAGAAGAAUCAGAACACUUACGGAGCCCAGUGUUGACAUUAAUCAUAGUGAUGAUUUUACACCCAUAUCCACAGUACAGAAAACAUUACAAUUAGAAACGUCAUUUGUUGGGAAUAAGCACAUUGAAGAUACGGGUAGUACUCCAAGUAUUGGAGAUAAUGACUUAAAAUUCCCUAAGAGUCUUGGUACUGAGAAUCACAAAGAAAACACAAGCCGAGAGAGAUUAGUUGUAGAAAGUUCAACGAGCUCACACAUGAAGAUUCGUAGCCAAAGUUUUAAUACAGACACUACAACAAGUGGCAUAAGUUCAAUGAGCUCAAGUCCUUCACGAGAGACAGUAGGUGUAGAUGCUGCAACUAUGGAUACAGAUUGUGGGAGUAUGAGUACUGUGGUAAGUACUAAAACUGUUAAAACAAGCCACUAUUUGACACCACAGUCUAAUCAUCUAUCUCUCUCCAAAUCAAACUCAGUGUCCCUGGUGCCUCCAGGUUCUUCUCAUACACUUCCUAGAAGAGCACAGUCCCUUAAAGCACCCUCUAUUGCUACAAUUAAAAGUCUAGCAGAUUGUAACUUUAGUUACACAAGUUCUAGAGAUGCCUUUGGCUAUGCUACACUGAAAAGAUUACAGCAACAAAGGAUGCAUCCGUCCUUAUCGCAUUCUGAAGCUUUGGCAUCUCCAGCAAAAGAUGUCUUGUUUACUGAUACGAUCACCAUGAAGGCCAACAGCUUUGAGUCCAGGUUAACACCAAGCAGGAUCGAUUUUAAAAAGAAGCAUGUCGGGGGAAUCAGGAGCUUAAGACCUACAAUAACAAACAACCUUUUCAGGUUUAUGAAAGCUUUAAGUUAUGCUUCAUUGGAUAAAGAAGAUUUAUUAAGUCCUAUAAAUCAAAAUACCCUGCAACGAUCCUCCUCAGUGAGAUCCAUGGUGUCCAGUGCAACAUACGGUGGCUCAGAUGACUAUAUUGGUCUUGCUCUUCCAGUAGACAUCAAUGAUAUAUUCCAGGUAAAGGAUAUUCCAUAUUUUCAGACAAAAAACAUACCUCCACUUGAUGACCGAGGUACAAGAGUGUUUGCCCAUGAUGCAGGAGGUCUUCCCUCUGGAACUGGAGGUCUUGUGAAAAACUCUUUUCACCUGCUCCGACAACAGAUGAGUCUGACAGAAAUAAUGAAUUCAAUCCAUUCAGAUGCUUCUCUGUUCUUAGAAAGUACAGAAGACACUGGACUACAGGAACAUACAGAUGACAACUGCCUUUAUUGUGUCUGUAUUGAAAUUCUGGGUUUCCAACCCAGUAACCAACUAAGUGCAAUAUGUAGUCAUUCAGACCUUCAAGACAUUCCAUAUUCUGAUUGGUGUGAGCAGACUAUCCAUAAUCCUUUAGAAGUGGUUCCCUCUAAGUUUUCAGGGAUUUCCGGAUGUAGUGAUGGAGUGUCUCAAGAAGGCUCAGCCAGUAGCACCAAAAGCACAGAAUUACUCCUGGGUGUUAAAACAAUUCCAGAUGAUACACCAAUGUGCCGUAUACUCCUUCGAAAAGAAGUUCUAAGAUUAGUCAUUAAUUUGAGUAGUUCAGUUUCAACUAAAUGUCAUGAAACUGGACUUUUAACAAUUAAGGAGAAAUAUCCUCAAACAUUUGAUGAUAUAUGCCUUUAUUCUGAGGUUUCCCAUUUGCUGUCACACUGCACAUUUAGACUUCCCUGUCGGAGGUUCAUACAAGAAUUAUUUCAAGAUGUACAGUUUUUACAAAUGCAUGAAGAAGCAGAGGCUGUGUUGGCAAUACCACCAAAGCAACCUAUAGUUGAUACAUCUGCUGAAUCCUGACCUCAUAUUUAUGAUUUAAUAGAUAUAUAUUAUAUUCUAUUUGUGGAUUUCCGAAAAAGCCUCAGAAAAUGCUGACUGCCUGGGCAACAAAUACAGGGGUAUCUUCUGCAUCCAGUUCCAACAAUUACUGGUACAUAGACAGUCGGAACUGCAGACUUCUCUAACCAAAACGACUUCCUAUCUACCCCACUGAACCCUUUUGGGGCUUCACUGUUCAUUACCACAGUUUUAAAGAGUUUUAGUUCCAUUGUAUGCAAGAGCGAAGCACUGAACACCUGGAGAGGUUUUCUAGUUUUUUCAUUUUAAAUGCAUCAUUAAGUGGAACAAUAAUAGGGUUUGCAGAAGCAACCACCACAGUUAUUUCUGAAUUCCUUUUUUAGGAUGAAUCUAAAGAUGCCUUGUUUAUUAACUAAUUCUUGGAAACCAGGAAUCAGUGUCUCUGAGGCCACAUCCUGUUACCACAGUGGAGUGUGCUGUAACUGCUGGUAUUAGAGGGGGAUCCAGGCCCUUCCACGUUUUUCUUAAUGUUUAUAACACUACUUCAGAGGUUCAUAACCUCAAAGCAAAAGAAGAGCCUCAACAACUCGGGACUUAUAAGUUAUUUUUUGUUACUAGACUUGCAUAAAGUUUCUUAGUUGUUUUCCAUCUCUUCAGUUUUGUUGCAAUGUGUUGUUUUAGGCUAUUUGAACCAACUAAGGUUUUUCACUACAGUUCCUGAUUAAAAUCACAAAAUCACUUUAUAAUUCAAAGUAUUUCUCUUCAUGAAUGCAUAUAUUUUCAGUCCAUCUACUUUCAUCAGCUUCCCAUAUCAUCAUUUUAAACAGGAACUUGAACAAGCACUAUUUAGACCUAAAGCAAAAGAAAGCAUUAAAUAACACUUUGGAUCUCCUGAGGAAAAGAUAAGUUUGCCUACAAUUUACACAUUCCAUGGGAAAAGAAGAGCCAUAUUUCCUUUUUACAAAUCAUUAGAGAAACUUACUAUGGUUAAAAAUUGUAGUGAAAAGCCUUAAAUACCAAAUUUUAAAGUAGCAGUAAUUUAGUUUUUAUAUCAGUGUUCUUGUUUUGCACAAACUAAAUGCAGUGAUAGGUGAGUUUAUGAGUACAGUAAUUGCCUUUGUCACAUUUGUGAAGUUGUUAAGCUGAUGAGGGCAAGGUUUUGUUUGUUUAAUUUGUAUAUGUCUAAAGAUAUUUGGAAAUCUUUACAGAAAUUAAGCAUAUAUGCAAAUUUGUAUAUAAAAGUAGCAUGGUCAACAUCACUAGAAUGUUUGUAAAUGAAAGGAUUAUCUUCUUUUGAGGUCUAUAUAUACAUAGAAAAAUAUCCAGCUGGACUGAUUAGGACCCUUUUUAACUCAUGUGCAUAUACCAUUUUUACAGUUACACAUCAGCUUUGACACAGUCAUAGUCCAUUGAUAAAUGUUUUCCCAUGUUAUAGAUUCUUUUUCAAAUGGACUUGUUCUUUGAGAUCUCUGUAAAGAACCCUGUGAACUAGAAAACAUUAACUCACAUAGAUUUUUUUUUUUUUUAAAUUUACUAGCACUGAAAGUUCCAAUUGGGAUGAUGCAUUUCAUCUCACUUCAUAACACCUCUUUGACUGCACUUCAGUGAAUUGUUCUUAUGUGCACUGUGUAGCAACUUACAUUAUAACAAAGCAGAUAAGGGCUCUAAGCUGCUGCUUAUGUUGAAAAGUGGUUCUUCAGAUUUUCUCUCAUAAAAUUCAAUUGAAGAUAUAGCAAAUACUUUUUUAACUUUAAUUUAUUACUGAACACAAGUGUUUAUUUAAAUGUCAGCAGUACUUUUAAGAACUUUUUUUUUGUCACCUUGGUCUCUGGUCUUGGAUGAUUAAUCUACUUUCCAGAGAACCAAAUGUCAGAGAUAGUAGACCAAAUAGUGGUUUAAAACUCCAAAGGAGGUAAUGUAGUGAUCUUAUUCAUAUGGGAUUAACAUAUUUUAGACAUUCAUUUUAAACACUACCUCAGUUAAUAUAGAAUAUAAAAUCUGUGGUUAAUAUCUCAAAAAUUAACAGCAAUUUUAUUUUCUUCUUUUUUUUUUUGUUCACACACAACCAUCCCCAUACCUGGACCCUACUUUCGUCAUCCAUUCUGAAAUGAAGUCUUUGUCACUAUUAGCCUGAACAGUUUUUUUGACUAUUACUUAAAAAGACAUGUAUGUAUACAUCAUAAUACUUGCCUAUAGCACUUAGUUUGGGGAGACAUUCAGAACUUUGUGGUUAUCACUAAAAUUUAGGGGGAAAAUGUCUGUACUUAAAUUUAUAGUGCUAUUUGGUUUAUCCAUGUUUCACUGACAGGUCUAAUAUGUUUUCUUUAAGUACUUGUUUAUAUAAAAGUAGACUUUAGUGAUGAAAAAUGCUCACAUGCAGUGCCAAGUGAUUAAUUUAGGUGUUUAAAACAUAGCAGAAAAGAUUAGGGAUGUGUCAGUGAUAAUAAAAAUAAUUGAAAAAAAUUACCUAUAAAUAGUAGAAAUUACCAGAUUUAGAAUACCAAAAUAAUAUCGAUACUGUAGGUUUUCAAGAUUUUAGAAUUAAUCUUAGUCCAUAAAAAUUUGUACUACUGGUAAUUAAUAAUUUGGAGGAAUUUGGGCAGUUGUGCUGGUUGUAAAUUGUGAAUUUCUAAUUGUGAAUUGUCAUUUCUAACUGAAAUUUUUUUUCAAGAACAGAUUUUAGCUUCACAAGACUAAGUAAAAUUAAGGAAAUUAGAAAUUUAGUAUUAUGAAAUAUGGUCCAAAAUUUCUUAAAUACUUUUAUUUUUUGUUUAUGUUUAAGUAGACUUGAGGGGAGAAAAAGACCUCUUUAAUAAAAAAAAAGAUUUUCUAAUAAACAUUGAUAGCAUAAGGGCAAUUUUGUUAGACAGUUGACGUUUAAGAGAAAUUCAUUGGAGGUACGUUCCUUGUUAUAUACUCUUACUCUUAACAACAUAAUGUAAUGGUGGCUAUAAGCAGUUUCUAGCUCUUUUAUCCAGAGCUUGAGAUAAUUAAAACUGAGUUAUUUUGUGCAUGUCUCAUUGGCAAAGUGUACAAUGCAGUGUCAGUGCUUAAUUAGCAUUUGUCUGCUGCUAUUUACAUUAAAUUUUUUUUCAUUCUGUUCAAAGGAUACCUUUACCCCCACAUUAAAUUAAAGCACAGAUCAUGAAGCAAUAAAAAACAUUCAAAUAGUUUGUCAUCCAAAUUGUAACUGCAGUUAUUUUUGCGUAGUAAGAAUGAGGCGCAAUUUUGUAUGAGAUAAGCUUUGGGAAAUGUGCUUCUUCGCAAGUAAGGUUUUUCCCUUUUUGUCCUAUGCUUCCAGUUUUGUCUCACAAUCACAGUUCAUUGAAACAGAAAAGUUAGAAUUAAUGGAGGUAAUUUUUUAAGAUGAGCUGUUAGAAUAGAAGGACAUUCCAGUUUUUCCAAAACAGAAGCUAGAAAAGGUCUCUUAUCUACCCAUUUAGGAAAUGCAUUAUUACCAACUUAAUUUCAAAAGUAUCACUACAGUAAGAGCAUACCAUGAAAUUAAUAGCAGAGCUUAUCAAAUUAUUAAAAUCUGUGAGAAUCUUUCUAGAGGCACUCUUUAUUUUAGUUCCAGGUUCCCGGGGUAUUUUUCAUUCAUACUAGUUUUAAAUGACUCACACAAAAUGUGGGUUUUUCCCCUUCUAGAGUAUUUUUGUAAUGGAGGUGGGUAGCUGUGCCACAGCAUGCAUAAAUUGCACAUUUUGUUUGACUUUCUUUAUAAAAUAUUUAAUUUGAAAGAUAUAAUUUAUGCCAAAAAAGUAUACCUUGUACUUUUGCCACUAAAUAGGUUGAGCUAGCACAAAUUGCAAAGUCUUAGGGCGGAGGGGGUAGGGAUAAAAAAUUUCAUAAAUAGUAGUUGAAAAAUAAUCCAUUACUGGCCUGUCAGAAAUCCUAAAGCUGCAUUGUAAGAGAAAUGGUGUAAAUUAGUUUGGAAAGUGGUAAGGGACUGUGGGGGAAAAAAAAUUUCUGACUUAAUACUCCCUAACCACAUGAUUUUCUUUUUUUAAUUUAGUAAUACGCUGCUACAUAUUUGGAGGUUCUGGUGUUUGUAAGUCACUGAACAGACAUUGAAAUCUGAUUUAUAUUGUAUAACUGUAACAUAGAAAGAAAAAGUAUUUAUAUAUUUUCCGUAAGAAUAUUUCAUUGUGUAUAAUUUAAAUAAGGUUUGUCCCCAAAUGGUUUUGCUCACCUUGAUUUUUUUUUUUUUUUUUUUUUGGUUCUCUUGUUUUUGUAUAUGUGUACAGUUUAUGUCAAGGGCAUUAAAAGCCUCCUGAAGCAUAAUCUUAUCAAAGGGAUACAUUGUUAAUAAAAUGUACUUAAAAAUUCUUAAA